UUUACGGCUGAACCAACAACCACAACUGUUUUAACAUCUACAACUGAACAAUCAACUACAUCUGAACAAAGCACCAAAACACAGACAUCAGCAUCAUCCUUACCUACAACAAGUACAGCUCAAUCUACACCUGCGAUCACAACAAACUCACCUACAACUGCAACUCUGCUUACAACUACAGCCCCUCCUACAGAAACAACAACAACACAACUUACAUCUCCAGCUGAACCAACAACAACAACUGCUUCAUCUUCUACGGCUGAACCAACAACCACAACUGUUUUAACAUCUACAGCUGAACAAUCAACUACAUCUGAACUAAGCACCACAACGCAGACAGCAAUACCAUCCCUACCUACAACUAAUACAGCUCAAUCUACAACCUUGAUUACAACAAACUCACCUACAACUACAUCUCUGGUUACAACUACAGCCCCUCCUACAGAAACAACAACACAACUUAUAUCUACGGCUGAACCAACAACCACAACUGUUUUAACAUCUACAACUGAACAAUCAACUACAUCUGAACAAAGCACCACAACACAGACAUCAGCAUCAUCCUUACCUACAACAAGUACAGCUCAAUCUACACCUGCGAUCACAACAAACUCACCUACAACUGCAACUCUGCUUACAACUACAGCCCCUCCUACAGAAACAACAACAACACAACUUACAUCUCCAGCUGAACCAACAACAACAACUGCUUCAUCUUCUACGGCUGAACCAACAACCACAACUGUUUUAACAUCUACAGCUGAACAAUCAACUACAUCUGAACUAAGCACCACAACGCAGACAGCAACAACAUCCCUACCUACAACUAAUACAGCUCAAUCUACAACCUUGAUUACAACAAACUCACCUGCAACUACAUCUCUGGUUACAACUACAGCCCCUCCUACAGAAACAACAACAACACAACUUACAUCUAUGGCUGAAUCAACAACCACAACUGUUUUAACAUCUACAACGGAACAAUUAACUACAUCUGAACAAAGCACCGCAACACAGACAUCAAUAACAUCCUUUCCUACAACAAGUACAGUUCAAUCUACAACUGCGGUCACAACAAACUCAGCUACAACUACAUCUCAAGUUACAACUACAGCCCCUUUUACAGAAAUAACAACACAACUUAAAUCUACGGCUGAACUAACAAGCACAACUGCUUCAACAUCUACAACUGAACAAUCAACUACAUCUGAACAAAGCACCGCAACACAGACAUCAACAACAUCACUACAUACAACAGGUACAUCUCAAUCUACAACUGAGGUUACAACAAACUCACCUACAACUACAUCUCAAGUUACAUUUACAGCCCCUCUUACAGAAACAACAACACAACUUACAUCUACGGCUGAACCAACAACCACAACUGUUUUAACAUCUACAGCUGAACAAUCAACUACAUCUGAGCAAAGCACCACAACACAGACAUCAACAUCAUCCCUACCUACAACAGGUACAGCUCAAUCUACAACUGAGGUUACAACAAACUCACCUGCAACUACAUCUCAAGUUACAACUACAGCCCCUCCUACAGAAACAGCAACAACACAACUUACAUCUCCAGCUGAACCAACAACAACAAUUGCUUCAUCUUCUACAGCUGAACUAACAACCACAGCUGCUUCAACAUCUACAACUGAACAAUCAACUACAUCUGAACAAAGCACCACAAUGCAGGCAGCAACAACAUCCCUACCUACAACUAAUACAGUUCAAUCUACAACUGAGGUUACAACAAACUCACCUACAACUGCAACUCUGCUUACAACCACAGCCCCUCCUACUGAAACAACAACAACACAACUUACAUCUAUGGCUGAAUCAACAACCACAACUGUUUUAACAUCUACAACUGAACAAUCAACUACAUCUGAACAAAGCACCGCAACACAGACAUCAUUAUCAUCCUUACCUACAACUAAUACAGCUCAAUCUACAACAGAGGGUACAACAAACUCAGUUACAACUACAUCUCAAGUUACAACUACAGCACCUCCUACAGAAACAACAACAACACAACUUACAUCUCCAGCUGAACCAACAACAACAACUGCUUCAUCUUCUACAGCUGAACUAACAACCACAGCUGCUUCAACAUCUACAACUGAACAAUCAACUACAUCUGAACAAAGCACCACAAUGCAGACAGCAACAACAUCCCUACCUACAACUAAUACAGUUCAAUCUACAACUGAGGUUACAACAAACUCACCUACAACUGCAACUCCUCUUACAACUACAGCCCCUCCUACCGAAACAACAACAACACAACUUACAUCUAUGGCUGAAUCAACAACCACAACUGUUUUAACAUCUACAACUGAACAAUCAACUACAUCUGAACAAAGCACCGCAACACAGACAUCAUUAUCAUCCUUACCUACAACUAAUACAGCUCAAUCUACAACAGAGGGUACGACAAACUCAGUUACAACUACAUCUCAAGUUACAACUACAGCACCUCCUACAGAAACAACAACACAACUUACAUCUACGGCUGAACCAACAACCACAACUGCUUCAUCAACUACAGCUGAACUAACAACCACAACUGCUUCAACAUAUACAACUGAACAAUCAUCUACAUCUGAACAAAGCACCGCAACACAGACAUCAACAACCUCACUACAUACAACAGGUACAUCUCAAUCUACAAUUGAGGUUACAACAAACUCACCUACAACUACAUCUCUGGUUACAACUACAGCACCUCCUACAGAAACAACAGCACAACUUACAUCUACGGCUGAACCAACAACCACAGCUGUUUUAACAUCUACAACUGAACAAUCAACUACAUCUGAACAAAGCACCGCAACACAGACAACAUCAUCGCUACCUACAACAAGUACAGCUCAAUCUACAACUGCGGUCACAACAAACUCACCUACAACUGCAACUCUGCUUACAACUACAGCCCCUCUUACCGAAACAACAACAAAACAACUUACAUCUACCAUAAGUGUUUUAACAUCUACAACAGAACAAUCAACUACACCUGAACACAGCACCACAACGCAGACAGCAACAACAGCCCUCCCUACAACAGUUACAUCUCAAUCUACAACUGAGGUUACAACAAACUCAGCUACAACUACAUCUCUGGUUACAACUACUGCCCCUCCUACAGAAACAACAACACAACUUACAUCUAUAGCUGAACCAACAACCACAACUGUUUUAACAUCUACAACUGAAGUAUCAACUACAUCGAAGCAAAACACCGCAACACCUACAUCAACAUCAUCCCUCCCUACAACAAAUACAGCUCAAUCUACAACUGAGGGUACAACAAACUCAGCUACAACAACAUCUCAUGUUACAACUACAGCCCCUCCUUCAGAAACAACAACAACACAACUUACAUCUACGGCUGAACCAACAACCACAACUGUUUUAACAUUUACAACUGAAGAAUCAACUACAUCUGAGCAAAGCACCGCAACACCUACAUCAACAACAUCCCUCCCUACAACAAAUACAGCUCAAUCUACAACUGAGGUUACAACAAACUCAGCUACAACAACAUCUCAGGUUACAGCUACAGCCCCUCCUUCAGAAACAACAACAACACAACUUACAUCUAUAGCUGAACCAACAACCACAACUGUUUUAACAUCUACAACUGAAGUAUCAACUACAUCGAAGCAAAACACCGCAACACCUACAUCAACAUCAUCCCUCCCUACAACAAAUACAGCUCAAUCUACAACUGAGGUUACAACAAACUCAGCUACAACAACAUCUCAGGUUACAGCUACAGCCCCUCCUUCAGAAACAACAACAACACAACUUACAUCUACGGCUGAACCAACAACUAUAACUGCUUCAUCUUCUACAGCUGAACUAACAACCACAACUGCUUCAACAUCUACAACUGAACAAACAACUACAUCUCAACAAAGUACCACAAUGCAGACAGCAACAACAUCCCUACCUACAACAAGUACAGCUCAAUCUACAACUUUGUUCACAACAAACUCACCUACAACUACAACUACAGCUCAGCUGACAACUACAGCCCCUCCUACAGAAACAACAACAAAACUUACAUCUACGGCUGAACCAACAACCACAACUGCUUCAUCAUCUACAACUGAUCAAUCAACUACAUCUAAACAAAGCACCGCAACACAGACAUCAACAUCAUCCCUACCUACAACAAGUACAGCUCAAUCUACAACUGAGGUUACAACAAACUCACCUACAACUACAUCUCAAGUUACAACUACAGCCCCUCCUACAGAAAUAACAACAACACAUCUUACAUCUACGGCUGAACCAACAACCACAAUUGCUUCAUCAUCUACAACUGAACUAAGAAAAACAACUGCUUUAACAUCUACAACUGAACAAUCAACUACAUCUGAACAAAGCACCACAAUGAAGACAGCAACAACAUCCCUACCUACAACAAAUACAGCUCAGUCUACAACCUUGGUUACAACAAACUCACCUUCAACUACAUCUCUGGUUACAACUACAGCCCCUCCUACAGAAACAACAACACAACUUACAUCUACGGCUGAACCAACAACCACAACUGUUUUAACAUCUACAACUGAACAAUCAACUACAUCUGAACAAAGCACUGCAACACAUAUAUCAACAUCAUCCCUACCUACAACAAGUACAUCUCAAACUACAGCUGUGGUCACAACAAAUUCACCUUCAACUGCAACUAUGCUUACAACUACAGUCUCUCCUACUGAAACAACAACACAACUUACAUCUACCAUAACUGUUUUAACAUCUGCAACAGAACAAUCAACUACAUCUGAACAAAGCAUCACAACACAGAAAUCAACAUCAACCCUACCUACAACAAGUACAUCUCAAUCUACAACUGAGUUUACAGCAAACUCAGCUACAACUACAUCUCGGGAUACUACUACAGCACCUCCUACAGAAACAACAACACAACUUACAUCUACAGCUGAAACAACAACCACAACUGCUUCAUCAUCUACAACUGAACAAUCAACUACAUCUAAACAAAGCACCGCAACACAGACAUCAACAUCAUCCUUACCUACAACAAGUACAGCUCAAUCUACAACUGCGGUCACAACAAAUUCACCUACAACUGCAACUCUGCUUACAACUACAGCCCCUCCUACAGAAACAACAACACAACUUACAUCUAUGGCUGAACCAACAACCACAACUGCCUCAUCAUCUACAACUGAACAAUCAACUACAUCUGAACAAAGCACCGUAACACAGACAUCAACAUCAUCCUUACCUACAACAAGUACAGCUCAAUCUACAACUGCGAUCACAACAAACUCACCUACAACUGCAACUCUGCUUACAACUACAGCCCCUCCUACAGAAACAACAACACAACUUACAUCUAUGGCUGAACCAACAACCACAACUGCUUCAACAUUUACAACUGAACAAUCAACUACAUCUGAACAAAGCACCACAAUGCAGACAGCAACAACAUCACUACCUACUACAGGUACAUCUCAAUCUACAACCCUGGUUACAACAAACUCACCUACAACUACAUCUCUGGUUACACCUACAGAACCUCCUACAGAAACAACAACAAAACUCAUAUCUACAGCUAAAUCAACAACCACAACUGUUUUAACAUCUACAACUCAACCAACAACCACAACAGCAUCAUCAUCUCCAUCUGAACAAUCAACUACAUCUGAACAAAGCACCGCAACACAGACAUCAACAUCACACUUACCUACAACAAAUACAGCUCAAUCUACAAUCUUGGUUACAACACACUCACCUACAGCUACAUCUCAGGUUACAACUACAGCCUUUCCUACAGAAACAACAACACAACUUACAUCUCCAGCUGAACCAACAACCACAACUGCUUCAACAUCUACAACUGAACUUACAACCAUAACUGCUUCAACAUCUACUACUGAACAAUCAACUACAUCUGAACAAAGCACCACAAUGCAUACAUCAAAAACAUCCUUACCUACAACUAAUACAGCUCAAUCUACAACUGAGGUUACAGCAAACUCACCUACAGCUACAUCUCAAGUUACAACUACAGCCCCUCCUAAAGAAACAACAACAAGACAACUUACAUCUACGGCUGAAACAUUAACCACAACUCUUUUAUCAUCUACAACAAAACAAUCAACUACAUCUGAACACAGCACCACAUUGCAGACAGCAACAAUAUCCCUACCUACAACAAGUACAGCUCAACCUACAAUUAUGUUUACAACAAACAUGACUGUGACAUCAAGCUCAGCUACACAAACGACUCAAUUCUGCUUAAAAGUGACACAACAGCUGAGACAACACUGCUCAACAACAACUGAAACUCUGUUUACUACAACUGCCAAGCCUACACAAAAACCUGAAUCAACAAACUCACCUACAACUGCAACAACUGAAUCUAUGACUGUUCCAUUGAACACAACUGCAACUCUGCUAACAACUACAGCCCCUCCUACAGAAGCAACAACAACACAACUUACAUCCAUGGGUGAACCAACAAUCACAACCAAAGCUCAAUCAACAACAACACCAGACACAACCCAGACAGUUUUUGUUAGCUUUUCCAGCAGUGGAAAUUUUGUUUCUGAUCUGUCAAAUCCAGAUUCAGAAGCAUAUAAAAACAGAGAAAAAGAAGUCAAUGAUACGUUGACACCAUUGUUUAAAAAUGCAUCGGCCUCCUUCAAAGGACUAACAGUUAUUCAGUUCCGUAAUGGGUCAAUCAUCACUGAUAUGAAUGUGACAUUUGGAACCUUACCCAAUGAUGCAGAGAUAAUAAACACUAUUAUGAAAGCUAAUGCCACUCUCAAUAUCACCACAGUAACACUAAGGGAGCCCACCACAACUACCAUAGCCACUACAACCACAACUACAACCAUGCCUAAAACAACAGCGUCAACAACCACAACACCUACAGCCAAUCCUAAUACAACAGCAUCAACAACAACCACAACAUCUACAGCCAAACCUAAUACAACAGCAUCAACAACAACCACAACAUCUACAGCCAAACCUAAUACAACAGCAUCAACAACAACCACAACAUCUACAGCCAAACCUAAUACAACAGCAUCAACAACAACCACAACAUCUACAGCCAAACCUAAUACAACAGCAUCAACAACAACCACAACAUCUACAGCCAAACCUAAUACAACAGCAUCAACAACAACCACAACAUCUACAGCCAAACCUAAUACAACAGCAUCAACAACAACCACAACAUCUACAGCCAAACCUAAUACAACAGCAACAACCACAACUUCUACAGCCACUCCUAAAACACCAGCAGCUGCAAACACAACCACAUCAUCCACUACCAGUCCUAAAACAACAACAACUACAACAAAAUCAACAACAACCACGACAACAACAACAGCAGCAACCACAACAACAACAACAACAGCACCAGCACGUCCUCAGCCAACUAUUGCCAUACAGAUUGUCAUUAUAGAAGUGUUUGUUCCAGCACUGUUAAACCCUCAAACUCCGGAAUUUAAAAACCUAGCCACAAAAGUAGAGAGUAUGUUUGAUGAUGUCUAUAGGAAAAAGUUUGGAGCUCGUUUCAUCAGGACCAUUGUGACUGGUUUCAGAGCUAUUGCCAGGACAAAGGCAGACUCAAACGUAGAGGCGGAGGUUCAGUUAGUGUUCAGUGAAGCGUCCACCGAACCAGUCCCCACUAACACCGACAUUGUGGAGACUCUAAAAGAAGCAGUUUCUAAUCCAACUUCAAGCUUCAACCUCACCCUUGAUGCCACCUCUAUUACUGUCAUUAAAUCACUGCAGAUAAUUCCAGUGACCAUCAUCACCAAUGGAACCUUUGUAGCUGCUCUUUCAAAUAAAAGUUCAACUGAAUUUCAGAACAGGUCUUCGUUGAUAAAAACAGGGCUUGAACCUUUUUUCCUGGCUGAUUACCCUAACUCAUUCAGCACCAUAUCUGUAACAAACUUCAGUGAUGCUGGUGUAAAAUUAAGGAGUGUGCCUAAGAUCCGAAACAGCAUGGAUAUUGUGUUUGGAACGGACGCUGUUGUACCAAAUAGCUCCCAGAUAAUGAACACUAUAGUUCGAGCAGCCAGAAACAACACGUUACCCUUCCAGAUCUUCACUUCUUCAGUUAUUAUCAAUGGAACAGAGUUUUCAUCAGGUGAAGUCAGCAGCAGCAUCAGUAUGUUGACCGCUUCCUUCCUGGUUGCGGUGUCACUUCUGGUUCCAUGGAUUCACUGACCUUAACCACUCACGCCAAGAUAACUGAUUCAGAUGGGUCUUGCCUUUCACGCCUGACCAAAUGAAGGACUCAACUUAAGGAUAAAUGUAGCUACUGAUGCUGCUUAAUGAGUAGCAAUGAAAGUACAAAUGUUAAUAAAUCUAUUCUGAGCACUUUAAACUAGAUCUACUAUAGUGGAUUCCGAAUCAGUUCUGUAUCUGUAUGUAAACAAUCAGUAUUGUAUAAAGAACUAUAUAAAUAAACUCAAAUAAUAAUAAUUUAUAUAAAACUACCUGCAUGUUUUCACAGAUUUCACUUACUGUAUGUUUGAUUUUUUUUUUUUAAUAUUAUUGUUAAUGGAUUACUGAUUCCAAGAACUGUUCUAUUUUGUAAGAAGAUUUUAUUAAAUGCAUAAAUACAGUACACAGGUUUUACAAAUCUAAAGUAUGCUGAAAUGCUAUGCUAUUAUUUAUUCUUCAGAAAAGUGAUAAAAAUAUAAAAUAAAAAAAUGCACAAUUUGAGCACAAUUCUCAAUUCUAUUAAAAUAAUGAACUUUUAAUUAGGAAUCUUUAGAUCAUAUGUACUUCAUUUAGAUAGGCUAGAGAGACUAGAUGCAUCGGUGAAAUACAACAAUGAAUAACGGUUUAAUGAUCUACAACCAGAGAUUAAAACAGGCAAGGGGGAAAAGGGGGACCUAAAAUCUCCCUUCAGCGUUUACUCAAGAUUAUCCAUCCCUUUUAGACAUAGUUUGUUAAAGAAUAAAGAGAAUACUAUCAAAAAACUUAAUAGUAGUUGCCAAGUGUCUUACUUUUACAAUACAAAUAAGACCAGAGUACCUUUUCAUAACUGAAUAUCAAAAGUUAUGAACCGUCUGCAAUC